AUGUCAACCCCUUAUAUUAAUGCUGCAUUUCGUUCAUCAAAAGAUUUCCAAGUCUAUUUCUUCAUGAAAAACAAGUAUGUGCGGGUGCAGUACACUCCCGGAGCAACAGAUGACAAGAUUUUAACCAAACUGCGUCUCAUUAGCAGCGGUUUUCCAUCGCUUGCUGGAACGCCGUUUGCAGAUCCUGGAAUGGACUGUGCCUUCGACACUGAAGCCAGCGAAGCGUAUGUCUUCUCCAGCAACCACUGUGCCUACAUAGACUACGCUCCAGGAACAACAAAUGACAAGAUACUCUCAGGUCCUGCCACCAUUGCCGAAAUGUUUCCCGUCCUCAAAAACACCGUGUUCGAGAAUGGCAUAGACUCUGCCUUUAGGUCAACCAGAGGCAAAGAAGUGUACUUAUUCAAGGGCAAUAAGUAUGUUCGCAUAGCGUAUGAUACGAAGCAGCUUGUUGGCAGCAUUCGCAACAUCGUGGAUGGGUUUCCUGUGUUGAAAGGUACCAUCUUUGAAAGUGGAUUUGAUGCAAGUUUUGCUUCUCAUGUGGAGGGUGAAGCUUACCUUUUCAAAGGAGAGGAGUAUGUGCGCAUAAAAUUCACCCCAGGUGCAACUGAUGACACUAUUGUUGGUGGUGUCAGGCCUAUCCUUGAUGGCUGGCCCUGCCUUAGAGGCAUUGUGCCUGUCUCUUAA